AUGGGGGACCACACGGCGACUGAGCUACAGGCUAUGGAUGCAGCAAUCAGUCAUGGACUUGGGCACCUCAGUGAAUCUGGGGACCCCGGAGAGAAAGGACAAAAGGGGGACAAAGGAGACACAGGUGAAUCCGGCAUUCAGGGACCACCCGGCUUAAAGGGUGAUGCUGGGGACCCAGGCUUGCCAGGCCCUUCAGGGACACCCGGAUCUGAGGGAAAAGAAGGACCACCAGGACCAGAGGGCCCAAGAGGCUUCCCAGGAGAAAGGGGAUCAAGUGGUGAGCCUGGAGAACCUGGGAACAGCGGGAUGAAAGGUGAAAAGGGGGAGUCUGGAGGAGUGGUGGGACCCCCUGGACCUCCUGGUCUUAAAGGAGAGCCCGGAGAACCAGGACUGGGGCUUCCUGGCAAACCUGGAGAAGGUCCUCCUGGAGCAAGAGGAUCGCGGGGUCCCAAGGGGGAAAGGGGUGUUCCUGGUCUACCUGGCGAUCCUGGAGAGAAAGGUCUCCCUGGAACUGGAAUUCAAGGACCCCCAGGUUUAACUGGUGGACCAGGAAUUCCGGGACCGAGAGGACCCCCAGGAGUCCCAGGACCGGUCGGACCCCCAGGCGCUGAUGGGAUACCAGGAAGAGACGGUAAACCAGGCCUGCCAGGUCCACCAGGAGAACCAACUGCCCUACCAAUUGUUCGAGACAUGGGUGCCUUCUUAAAGAAUGCGUGCAGCCUGUGCCAGUCAAAAUCUCAUGGGUUACCUGGACAGAAAGGCGAAAAAGGAAACCCUGGCUUAACAGGCCCGGAAGGACUAGAAGGUGAGAAGGGCGAUCCAGGACUUAGAGGUCCUCCUGGAAACCCCGGCGUUGAGGGGCCAAAGGGAAUUAAAGGGGAACGUGGAUUUCCGGGCCCUCUGGGGGAGAAAGGAGAUCAGGGUACCCCGGGGGUUCCUGGAUUCCCUGGCCCUAUCGGUCGGACUGGAAAUCCGGGUUUAAUGGGGAGACCUGGACAACCUGGGCAACCGGGGUCCAAAGGAGAAAGGGGAGGUGAAGGACCACCUGGAAGACCAGGGCUUCCUGGACCCCCAGGCGCUCCAUACAUCGAGGGAAAUGGCAUGAGCAGCCUCUAUAAGCUACAGGGAGGAUCUGGAGCUGUUGGUUAUCCCGGACCGCCUGGCCCCCCAGGUCAGAAAGGCGACGAAGGUCUACCGGGAGAGCCGGGACCGAUGGGACUUCCAGGACUUGAAGGGCUUCCAGGAGCGAAGGGUGAACCAGGAAUCACAGGUGCAACCGGAGUACCAGGAAUUCCAGGCUUAACAGGAACACCAGGGACGCAAGGAUUGCCAGGGGAACCCGGUGAAAGAGGACCGGUGGGUGAAACUGGAUUUCCAGGACCAGAAGGACCUCCUGGCCCUACGGGAAGACCUGGAAAAGAUGGGAUCCCAGGAUACGAGGGUGCUACAGGUAGACCGGGAGAGAGGGGCUCAAAAGGGGAGCGUGGGGAUCCUGGGAUUCCUGGAGAAAGAGGUCUUCAAGGAGAAAGGGGCAGACAUGGAGAGAAAGGGGACCAUGGGCCUGAGGGACCAUUAGGCCCCCCUGGAGACAGAGGAAAUCCAGGACCACCUGGGCCAUUUGGUUCUCCUGGUCCUCCAGGCCCUCAGGCUGACACCAUAUCAUUUGAGGAAAUCAAGAGAUUCAUUCGAGAAGAAGUGCUGCGUGUUUUUACCGAGAGAAUGUCCAACUAUGCAUACCAGAUGAAAUCUCCAGCAGCGAUCCUUUCUUCCCAUGGUAGACCUGGACCACCUGGCCUUCCGGGCAACGACGGAUUACCUGGUGAAACCGGUCCACCUGGGCCUCAAGGCUACCGAGGGCAAAAAGGAGAACGUGGACAGCCUGGAAUCGGCCUUCCCGGUGACAAAGGUGCAGCUGGAGCCCCAGGUCUUCCUGGGUUUGGACACCCUGGGCCGCCUGGUCCACCGGGACCACAAGGUCCUCAUGGCAAGUGUAACCCAGCCGACUGCGUGCAUCCUGCCUCUAAUGCCAGGAGGAGCGGAUAGGAGCGAGCAACCAGUGACGUCUCCAUUGUCACGUCCAAUUCCUGGAGGGAUGACGUGCUUCACUGCGGUCUGUAGACCAUUGCCAAAAGACAUUUUUCCCAUAAUGCCUCACACUCUGAGUUUUUUGUUUUUCUUUUUUCUUUUCCUAAAUCUGGGGAAACAGUUUACAAGUGUGUAUAAUAUUAUUUAAAAAAUGUAAAAUCUUUUUUUUUUCUUCUUCUUUCUCAUACUGUAAUAUACAAUCACAAAACUUUGGUUCACCAGGCAGCAUUCCAUACUCCGGUUUGUAGAAUGUGUUCUUAUUUUGUGAGGUCUACAGAAAAAAUUUUGCUUGUCAUGUAAAUUUUGUUUUUUUUUUUCUUCAUUUCAUUAUUUACUGGCACCUUUAGAUUGUUUACCAGUGUGCCAAAUUGCCUAACGUUCUUUUUUUUUUUCAAGCAGGCAAAAAUAUUUUGGUUUUUUUUUUACUUUUCGCUGGCACUUGAAUUGCACUGGUUAUCUAAUAGUAGUGAGAACAUUCAUACGAUUUACCGGAUUUUUUAAAAUAAUCAAAGAGGGAAAAUAAAAACCGCAGUAAUGUAUGCCUUAAACCAGGGGUUGCCAACUCCAGUCCUGGAGGACCACCAUGGCUGCAGGUUUUCAUUCUGACCCUUUUCUUAUUAUGAGUGACCUGUUUUUUGUUGCUAAUUAACGUCUUUUGAACUAAUUUUAAUUGACUUGUUCUUGAAGACUCAGACCCCUUAAUUGUUUCUUUUUCCUUAAUUAGCUGCUAAACAAUAAUGAGAUACAAAAUUAACCAAAACAACUGGUGUCCAUCAUACAAUAUCUGAAAAUAAAGAAAGCUGAAGGUCUCAGGAAUGUCGAUCUGCUCAGGUCCACACAACAUCUAUCUUACUAAACCACAGUUAAUUUAUGCACGG